AUGCUGCGAUCUGAACUUGAGCGAAAACAAUGGGAAGACAUCAAGUGUCCCGAGUGCGGCGCUGUUCUUCAGUACCAAGAAAUACAAAAAUUCGCAGACAACGAUACGAAGAAGAAGCUGGACACUCUGAUAAUACAACGUGCCAUUCAAGACGAACCCAACUUUCUAUGGUGUUCGUCUGAUUGUGGUUUCGGCCAGCUUCACGAGGGCGGCAGCGACGAGCCAAUCAUGAGGUGCAACUCAUGCGGCAACUUGACUUGUUUUAAACACAAAAAGCCUUGGCACAAAGGGUUGACAUGCGAGCAGUUCGAUGAAAAAGAAGCAGCAUCAGCACGCCAUAAGGAAGAGAAUGCAGCCAGUACAAAUACCAUCAAGCAAGUUACAAAGCCUUGCCCCAAUUGCAAGGUUCAUAUUCAGAAGAAUGGAGGAUGGUGA